AUGGUUGAAGAAUCGAGUUACCAACCUUGUCCCGAGGUGUUACUGAGCUUUCCCCAACCAAAUCUAUUGAACGAGUUUGGGAGCGCUCCAAUACACAGCGCCGCCUAUGAAGGUCAAUUAGAGGCCAUCGAGAUACUGUUGAAAUUCGGUGCGGACGUUUACAUUACGAAUCAUGACGGAUACACGCCGCUUGUGUACGCUGUGUCAGAAGGAAAACGGGAUGUUGUGCAGUAUCUUCUCGAGAAGGGUGCAGAUGUUAAACUGCAAGACAAUCGAAAAGCGUCAGCUCUGCACUAUGCCAAGACAGCGGAAAUAGUCGAUAUUCUCGUUGAGAAAGGCGCUGAUGUCAACACGGUAGAUAUCGACGGGAACACUGCUCUUCAUCAUCAGAUCAAGAAAUCUUCCGCCGGCAUACCUAUUAUCGAACGACUGAUGAAUGCUGGGGCGAAUAUAAACGCUAAGAACAGACUCAGAAUUACGCCGCUAAUGGAAUCUGUCAAGAACAACAGCCCGGGCCUGGUCAACUAUCUGCUCUCUAAAGGUGCCGAUCCGAACAAUGCCGAGCAACAAUCCGAGUCGCCACUCUUCUACGCAUGUUAUCAUGGAAAUGCAGAGGUGGUAAAAAUGCUCCACCGAGCCGGAGCACAAACAGAUUUCCACUUUGAGGACUUUGUGGAGACUGCCCUUCAUGCCGCCUGUGACAGUGAUUCUGACGACCAAGACUUGCUUGAAGUCAUUCGCUACCUUGUGGAAGAUGGAAAGGUGAACGUGAACAAACGCUGUGGAAGUCAAGAAGAAAACGAAACUGCCGUUCAUUGUGCCUGCCGUCGAAAGAGCCCAAGUGUCUUAGGAUUGCUCAUCGACAAAGACAAAUGCAAAAUUGACUUUGAGGUAUCCGAUAGGAUGGGCCGCCGGCCGAUUCAUCUAGCUGCCGGCAGACAGCCUGACUGCUUCCAACUCUUGCUCAACCUUGGGUGUAAUAUUCAUGCCACUGACAAGACCGGUCGUAACGCCCUGCACUGGGCGGCACAAGGCGGCAGUAUUGACACUCUCCGUCGAAUUCUUGAUCAACCAGGUGUUAACAUCGAGGCAACUGAUCUCGACGGCUGGACGGCGCUAUGUUGGGCAGCCCGGGGACCAAUACCGAAGUCGACGUCAGAAUCGAAUUCUGACAGCAGCUCGCAGGCACACGUUGUUAAACUUCUUCUCGAAAAGGGAGCUGACAAGUCUGUAAGAGUUCGGGGCGAUAUAAAUGAGCUCUGGACGCCACUUGAGAUUGCCAAUUUUCACGACACUGGAGAUGAAGUGAUACAGCUACUCAGAGAACACCCUACUGAUGAGGACAAUUUGAAUUCAUCUCAGAAAAGAGGAUUUGUGCAUGACGAAACAUGUUGUGAUUUCUGUAAAGCGGUAAGCACGUAA